UAGCACAAAGGCACAUUUUAUCCAAUGGUCUCUCCUGCGUUCCACCUGUUGGGAAUUGUCUGGAUCUCACGGUAGGCAGAAAGUUUUUCCUACAAACGGUGAAACUUUUCUUCUGAGGGAUGAACUGACUGGGACGACUAAGUCUGAGUGAUGACCUCUGAGACAGCCCAUCUGAUACAAUGCCUGCAGCAGAUCCAUAAGGUAAUUGGAAAGGCGAAUGAAAUCCUUGCAGGUGUAAGCAAUCCAUCAGUGUGCAGUGAGGUGCUGCUAUCCAAACCAGGGACUGCAUAUAUGUUGGGCUUGUUUGAGGUGUACCGGGUGUCUAAGCGCUUGGAAGAGGGGGUAAAGACUCGGCAGCCAGCAAGUGAAUUGCUUCGACAUACAUUACGAGAGGUGGACUUAGCCUGGAAUAAUUUACUGUCCUUUCUUGCCUUUGGUCACCCCCUGCUCCAAAUGCUGCUUUUGGAGUCAUCAGUAGAAAGCAGUACUCAUCUAUCUGGUCCUAACCCGGCCCUGAGUCAAGUCUGCGGGGUUUGCCUAAUGGAGGUGAGGCGAGAAUCAGAGGUGCCGACAGGAAAUUCUGACUCUGUUAUAUACCAAGGUAGCUGUUAUCAUGUUAGCUGUGCCAAUUUCUGGUUGAACUGUGUGGAUUCUACCUUGCCAAGACAGAAGUGAUCCCCUUUCCUUUCCCAGGUGACUGUAGUCGUCCCUUUUCUGGAAGGUGAGACUGCAUGUGUAGCUUCCAUUAUGAUGGCAAGCUUAUGACGAAGAAGAAUCUCAGAAUCCUCAGGUGAAGGAAAGAGACUUUGAAAUAGCUGAGAAAGGUCCCUUUGGGGACUCAAAGACUUUGUGAAAAGCUGAAACAAGUUACUAGAAACCUCCUUGUGCGGUUUUUUGUAAGAUGAUUUGUAUAAGAAACUUGAAAAUAUACCUAAUAAAGCACACUUGUAUUCCA